AGGCUAUUUAACCAGUGCACAACUCGCGUGUAUGUCCAUCACAAGCAGCGAUGACUUGGCUGUCCCUCCUCCUUCCUGCUCUCCUUUUCAUCUCUCCUUAUGUUCGAGCACUGCCCAGUGUCCCAGAAGCUCGGCAAACGGACAGCAAACUUGUUUUCUGUCAUUUCAUGAUUGGCAUCACGUCGGAUCGCACGAGCUCCUCUGCAUACGACGAUGACAUGCGACGCGCGAAGGCGCUGGGCAUCGACGCGUUCGCGCUGAACAUCGGGACCGACCCGUACACCGACCAGCAGCUCGGCUUCGCAUACGCGUCGGCAGCGAACAACGGCAUGAAGGUCUUCAUCUCCUUCGACUUCAAUUGGUGGUCGACGUCGCAAGGGUCUGCUGUCGGCGCUAAGAUCGCGCAGUACGCGUCGCUCCCCGCACAGCUUUACGUCAACGGCCGCGUCUUUGCUUCGUCCUUCGCGGGAGACGGGAUCGACGUCGGCGCGCUCCGUGCUGCGGCGGGCCGCAACGUGUAUUUCGCGCCGAAUUUUCAUCCCGGUCAGGGCGACUUCAACGCGGUCGACGGCGCGUUGAACUGGCUCGGCUGGGACAACAACGGCAACAACAAAGCACCCAGCGGUGGUGUCACGGUCACGGUCAACCAGGGAGAUCACAACUACGCUUCGACCCUGGGUGGCAAGGGAUAUAUCGCCCCUGCAUCUGCAUGGUUCUCCACGCAUUUUGGGCCCGAGGUGUCCUACAGCAAGAAUUUUGUUUUCCCCAGCGAUUUGUUGUGGUAUCAGCGCUGGGUUCAGAUUCUCGCUCUUCGACCCCAGUUUGUCGAGAUUGUGACUUGGAAUGAUUAUGGAGAAUCUCACUACAUCGGCCCGCUUUCCUCGCCGCACACGGACGAUGGUGGCUCCAAGUGGGUCAACGAUAUGCCACAUGGCGGCUGGCUGGACAUGGCCAAGCCAUUCAUAGCCGCUUUCAAAGCCGGUGCUUCAUCUCCGAAUACCUUCAUCACGAGCGACCAGAUCAUAUACUGGUACCGCAUUGCUCCCAAAAGCCUCAACUGCGAUGCUACGGACACAACUAUGCAAUCAGCGAACAACGCUUCCGGAAACUACUUCCAGGGCCGUCCGAACGGUUUCAACUCCAUGGCAGAUGAUGUGUUCGUCGUUCUGCUCCUCACCGCUCCAGGACGGGCCAUCGUCAAUUCGGGUGGGAAAGCGUAUACAUUUGAUGCACCAGCGGGCGCCUCGGCAUUCUCCGUCCCGUUCCACGUCGGGUCCCAAGCCUUCUCCCUCGAACGCGGGGGCGCUCAGAUCCUCAGCGCGACCAGCCUCAAGUUGAUCCAAAACACGUGCCCGUGCGGACUGUACAAUUUCAACGCAUAUGUCGGCACGGUCCCAGAAGGACCGCGGGACACUUUGCAGCCGGAUGGGCUGGCUGCAUUUUCUAGUGGACUGAAGACUGGGUGCUCGCCGGUCCCUUCUCUGCCGGCGUCCCCACCCGCAGUGACGCCUGCUACGACCACGAUGGCAGCCACUGCCGCUCCCACCUUGUCUCACUAAGCUGAUGUACAUACCACUCGUUCUCGUGUAGCAUUUACUGUAAUUUGCUCAUGCUUGUAGCCAGUCCGUCAGCGCGUGAUAUCACGUGUUCAAAUCUCUUUGUCCAAAUUAUCACAGCGUCCUCUACUACGGGCAGACC